AUGUCUAAUUUAGAUAAAAACUACGAUCUAUUAUUUUAAAAAAUAUCUUAGUUUAUCUCUUUUUCUAAGAAAAAACUAAAAAGUUCAUAAAUUUAAAAUGAAGACAUAGCACCUUUCAUUACUCAGUCUACAUGCAGUGAUAUAUAAAUAAAGAAAUUAGAGAGAUAUAUUAACUAAAAUAAGUAAUACUUUAAGGCCAAUAACUUUAGCCUUUUUAGAAUUUAUUUACACUUGCUAGGUUAAUCACAUUUAUUGGGCUUCAUAGUUAGGUUAGUAGGAGAUGGAAUGACAGCUUUAGGAAUCUUAAUUCUAGAUUUAAUUACAGAAGAACUAAAAAGUUACAACAGUGAAAGUUAAUAACAACUAAAAUACAUUGUCCUGUUAAUGAUUGGAUUAGUUUUUAAUUUUACUAUCAGAAACUAAUUUACCUGCUGGUCAGAUUGGCUAUCUUCUAAACAGCAGGCACAAAUGAAAAGCACUUUAUAAUAUCUGAUUUAUAAAAAAUCUCUUUUGGUUAAAGAUUUCUCAUAAAUUUAAACAUCCGAAUAAAAUCUUUCAGUAAAUGAUUAAAAACCCUAAUCAGAAGAAUAAAAUUAAGAAAAUAUAAAUUCUUCUCCUAUGGAAUUACCUAACAUCAACAACUUGCUAACAUCUGAUACAGAAGAUCAAGCCUUUAUGUUUGAAAGAUUUAGUAGGUUUGGUGUGAAUUUAUCAAUGCUGAUAGCAGCUACCUGCUUAAUUUAUUACAAAAUCGGAUCCUCUAUUUUAGGUGGAUCAGGUCUGUUUAUUUUUAUUGUUUGCUUUAAUUUCAUAGUAAACUACUUCGUGAAAAUUUGCUUCGAAAAAAUGUACACUGCAAAAGAUCAAAGAGUUUCAUUAAGUAAAGAUGUUAUUGAAGGAAUAAAAAGUAUUAAAUAUUUAGGAUGGGAGGAAAUAUUCUUAGAAAAGAUUAAUGAAAUAAGAAAAAGAGAAUUUAAAUAUUUUUAGAUUGCUAAGAUCUGUGAAUAGUCAUUGAGUGUAAUGUUCUCCUCUGUGACAUGUUUUCUUUCUUACACUUUUAUCUCUACUUUUGUAAACAAUGGAAAUAAAUUGUAAGAUUCAAAUGUUUUUACAAUUAUUGCUACGUUCAGCUAUUUUACUUUCACUCUUACAGCAGUUCCUGAAUCUAUUUAGUCAAUAUUGAAAUGCUUUAUUUCUUACAGAAGAAUCUAAAGCUAUUUGAAUAUGAAAGAAAUAGAUUAAAAUUGUUUAAUUUAAAAUGAAGCAAGCAAUUCAUAGUUAUUAAAUUAAACAGCUAUUUUAAUAAAAAGUAUGAAAUUUAUUUGGCCAAGUAAUUAAAUUUAAAGAUAAGAAAAAAAUUAUAAUUCAAAUCAAAGAAAACAACAAAAUCUUCAAAAAAAUGACGAUUAAUUUUAAUUAUGUGUAGAAAAUUUCCAAAUAGAAAAAGGCUCACUUAAUUUUGUUAUUGGAAAAAUAGGUUCUGGUAAGACCGCUCUUCUUCUGUCAAUUUUGAGGGAAAUGGAACAAAAAUUAGAAUUAGCUCAAUAAUAAGAUCAAAAUAAAUCAAAUGAAUAAUUUUUUAUUAAUGGGUCUUUGGCAUAUGUAGCAUAAAAUCAUUGGUUAUAAUCUAAGACUAUUAAAGAAAAUAUUUUGUUUGGAUAAGAUUAUAAUAAAUUAUUGUAUAACAAAUGUAUAGAAUUAUGUGAAUUACAAUAGGAUUUAGAAUAAUUUUCAAAAGGUGAUUUAAAAAUUCUAUCUUCAGAAGGAAGCAAUUUAAGUGGUGGAUAGAAAUAAAGAAUGGCAUUAUGUAGAAGUUUAUAUGCAAAUAAAGAUAUUUAUUUACUUGAUGAUAUUUUUAGUAGUUUAGAUGCUCAUGUUGCUGAAAGAAUCUUUUAAAAUGUUGUUAUUAAGUAUUUAAUUAAAGAAAAGUAAAAAACCGUAAUUUUAGCUACCAGUCAUUAUUCAUUCUUGCUAACAGAAUAACAAUCAAACAUAAUUUAUAUUGAAAAUGGAGUUAUUGUAAAUGAUAAAAAUAUAUUAAAGAAAUAUAUUGAAGAUUCAUUACAAAAAGAAAAUGAAGAAGAUUAAAAAAAUCCUUUAAAAGUAAAUUAAAAAUUUUAUUCAAAUUAGGAUUAUCAAUAGUUACUAGAAAAUAAUCAGAAAGACAUAAAGAUUUAGAAGCAAAAAGAAUAAGAAAUUUCAAGUUAGGUUGAACUAUUAAAAAAGGACGAAACAAAGUCUUUAAUUACUGAAAGUGAUAAUAAUGAAGAAGAUUAAUAAAUUGAAUACAGAGAAUAAGGGAAAAUAAAGAUUAACACAUACUUAGAUUUCUUUUCAAGUAUGACUCUAUUUUUAGUUGGAAUAUAGGCUUUACUUUUCUUCAUGAUUUAAGGAGCUUGUACAUUAAUAGAUUAUUGGCUAAAAAACUAGAUUAAUUAAAAUGAAGAUUAAGGAACUAUUUUGCUAUUAAUUAAUCAGCAAUUCAAAAAAUUUGAAUCUGGUUUCUUGUUUUUAACUAGCUUGCAACUUUUAAUUGCACUUUUAUCUUAUACUACAUUUAUAAUAACAUCAUCUUUAAGCAGUAAUAGGAUCUACAAUAAAUUGAUGAAUUGCAUAAUAAAUAGUAAAAUGCCGUUUUUCGAUAGAAAUCCUAUCGGAAGAAUAUUAAAUAGACUCUCAGACGAUAUCAAUUCAAUAGAUGAAUCAUUGUAAAAUUAAUAUAAAUACUGUUUAGAAUAAGUUGCUUAUGUAGUUGGUUAUAUAACUGGAAUUUGUAUACAGUAUCCAUGGAUGAUAUUUUUUUUCAUCUUUGUAUUUCUACUAGCUGCUGCAUUUUCAAAUACCUAUAGACCUAUCAGCAGAGAGGUCACCAGACUUGAUACUAUCAAUCAAGGAGCUUUACUAAAUCAUAUUAAUGAAUCAUGCAAAGGAUUUUCAACAGUUAGAGCUUUUAAUAAAUAGGCUUAUAUGAUUGAUUAGUAUCUUGAAAAGCUCAGAAAUAAUAUCAAUUCCUUUGUUAUUAGCUUAUCUCUACAUUGUUGGGUUUAUUCUAGGUCACUUUUACUUGCUAACGGUAUUCAAUUUAUAAUAGCUUUAACUGGAAUAAUUCUGAUUAUCAUGGAUCCAUCGAUCAAUAAAGAUAUUAUAGUUCUUACUUUAUAAUAUUCAAUACUAUUUAGCAGUAGUGUAGCCGAAACUGCAGUUGCUUUUAACUAAUUUGAAAUAGAAAUGAUUAGCUUUGAAAGAGUGAAAUAAUUUUUUUCAAAUGAUUUAGAGAAAAUUAAUUAAUAACCAAAAUCAAAGCAUAAAGACAUAUAAAGUAACAGUUAGUUAUAGGUUUAAUUUGAAAAUAUUUCAUUGAGCUAUGAAGUAGAGUCAUCUACUGAAGAAAGCUUAAAUGAACAAAAUAUUUAAUACGCCUUGAAAAACUUUUCCUUGCAGAUUAAGAAAGGAGAAAAAGUAGCUUUCUGUGGAAGGACUGGGUCAGGAAAAACUUCUAUAUUUAAUUGCUUGUUCAGACUUUAUUCCAUAUCAAAAGGCGAUAUAUUUAUAGAAGGAUAAAAUAUUUAGAAUUUAAGUCUUAAGCAAUUAAGAGAUAAAAUUUCAAUAAUUCCUUAAUUUGGUUUCCUUUUUAAUGCCUCUCUGAGAGACAACUUAGAUCCUCUGUAAAUUCAUUCCACAGAAGAAAUAAGUAAAAUUGCUAAAUCAUAUGAACUGUCUUUAGAUGUACAAAAUAAGUCACCUUUAGAUUUAAAUUUUGAAAUUGAAUAAAGUGGAAAAAAUCUUUCUAAUGGCUAAAAGCAAGUCCUCAACUUUUUGAGGGUUGCUAUCAACAACAGAGAACUGAUUUGCCUAGAUGAAGCAACUUCGAAUAUGGACCCUUAAACAAAUUCUUUAAUUUCUGAUAAAAUAUUUGAAUUAAGUUAGGGAAAAACUUUGCUUGUUAUUACUCAUAGGCUUGAAAACAUUGAGAAAUAUGACAGAAUAAUUGUAAUGGAUAAUGGUUAAAUAGUUGAGAGUGGAAAUUACUAAUAACUAUUAUCCAUUGAAGGAGGUUUUUUUAACAAACUUAAAUAAAAUAAAGAAUUUUGA